CCUCCUCCCCUGCAGGCGGCCAGCGAUGGGCGACUGGAGCUUCCUGGGGAACAUCCUGGAGGAGGUGAGCGAGCACUCCACGGCCGUGGGCCGCGUGUGGCUCACGGUGCUCUUCAUCUUCCGCAUCCUCAUCCUGGGCACGGCCGCCGAGCUGGUGUGGGGCGACGAGCAGGCCGACUUCGUGUGCAACACGCAGCAGCCGGGCUGCGAGAACGUCUGCUACGACGCGGCCUUCCCCAUCUCGCACAUCCGCCUGUGGGUGCUGCAGAUCAUCUUCGUGUCCGCGCCGUCGCUCGUGUACGUGGGUGAAGCAUCCAACUCAGAAUUACACAAAUAUUCCUAG